CGUAAAGGUGAUAAACAGUUUGUGUACGAUACGUUAGGAUAUUUGUUGCAGUCGACGUUUCGGUUACGAGUCAUUCGCAAAGAUGGAUUCAUCCGAUGCUGUGACAACCCAGACAUGCCUGGAUGAGUGGAAUGACUGUGAAAAGGAAUACAUGCAAUUGGAGACUGACCAUGACCUGUACAAGAGGAAGCUGGAGGAGAUGUUGGCACUACAGAAGAAAUGUCUUACAGGCAUCGCCAAUCAAAAGAAACGGCUAAAGAAGAUACAGGGAUAUUGUAAACAAGCAGCAUCACAGGACUUGGAUGGCGAACAAAAAGCCUCACUGAAGGAACUGGAUACCAAUGCUAAAAACCACAAAACACACUUUCGUGAAAUGGAAGAGUGUCUUCCACACAAAAAUGGAAUUUACCUGAGUAUCAUACUUGGCCAGGUGAAUGUGUCGCUGCUAAACAAAGCAGAUAAAUAUGCCUACAAGGAAGAUUAUGAGAAGUUUAAAGUGACAGUCAGCUACAUCACAUUGAUUCUGUCUGUGGCCCUCUUGUUCAUCACUGGUUCUCGAUGGCUGGAUGCCCUGCACAAUUUCCUGCUGGUGUGGUACUACUGUACACUGACCAUCCGAGAGAACAUCCUUGUAGUCAACGGUUCCAGAAUCAAGGGUUGGUGGGUGACCCACCAUUUUGUCUCCACUGUAUGUGCAGGAAUAGCACUUAUUUGGCCGGAUGGCUACUCGUACCAGGCCUUCAGAACCCAGCACGUCAUCUUCUCUCUCUACUUAAGUAUGCUGUAUGUGCUACAGUACUUCUACCAGAAGGGCUCCCUCUACAGAUUACGAGCGUUGGGUAAAGGCCACGAGAUGGACAUCACUGUGGAGGGCUUCAUGUCCUGGAUGUGGAAGGGGAUUUCCUUUUUAUUGCCAUUCCUGUUUGCUGGCUAUUGUUUCCAGCUGUACAACUCCUACGUCUUAUACCAUCUAGCUCUCCAAUCUCCACACUGGCAGGUAUUUGCCUUGUCUUUCCUCCAUGGUUUCCUUGGAAUGGGUAACAUCUCAACAACACUCUUUGUUGUUAAGCAGAAAAUCACGGAACAGGUAGCAGGCCUGUAUAAAUCUCGCCUCCCCAACAAAUACAGAUUCAAUGCACGCACAAAAAACAUGUGAAGUAUCCGGAUGACAGCUCCUGGACCAAAAUCUUUAGGCUAAACAUGCCAACUGAACCUUUAAGCAAUGGUUUCUUACUGGUACAACUUACUUUGUAGGCUGUUUGGCCAUUAAGGUUUGUGGUAAGUUAUUGUAGGCCAUUGUUAUGUUUUAAGUUGUUAGCUCACCUGAGCCAAAGGUUCAGGUAAGAUAUAUGUUGCUAUAUUCGUCUGUCGUCUGUUGUUUGUUAAGACUUUAUUCUAUCUCUAAAACCAUCAAACAAAUUUGCACAAAUUUGAAGUGCUUCCCCUCAAAAAGUACAGAAUAGAUUUCAAUUAAAACUGAACCAAACAUGCUUCUGACAGGGGACUUUAAUGUCUUUUUCAAGGUAAGGAGGUGACUCCCUUCGAAACUGAGAGUUUGAGCCCACAAUGAGAAAAGACAGUUUUCUAAAAUCUCAUAAUAGCUGACAAGGGGCUAAAGUUCAAAGUGUUCUUGAAAAUCUGUGUCCAGCCUUAACAUUUCUAAAGACCUACAUAGUCAUUUUCACUAAGGUGAGCGUUAAGGCCCAUGUCCUGUUGUUGAGGUCUUGUUUGGUGUUGGUAUUUUUUAGCUCGCCUGGCCCUAAUGCCCAGGUGAACUUGCCAUAUGCCAAGGUACCAUUGCCGUCGUCAAUUUUUUGUUUAAAAAGCUAUUUAUCCAGUAGAAUUGAAGGCUUUUGCACAAUUUGAUCUUGAGCCUGGUUGGAUCAAAAGGACUCAACAAUGUAUAGAUAAAGGGUAUCCCACUCUCUCCCUGGGGUUUGGAAGGGCUGGUCCAGAUAGGGUAAAUGGAGGUAAACAUUUAAAAUCCUUCUUCUUGUAUGCAGAUAUAGGGAUAAAAAAAAGAGAAUUGAUCUUGGUUAUUCUUGUGUCUGUAGAGGAUGUGAUUGAGAAAUGUUUUGUCUGUUAGUUACAAAGCAUGUUGGUUACUCCCAAAUAUAAUUUUGUGGGGAAAUUCACAAUUGUGAAGUCAUAACUACUUUUAUAAUUACUAUUAUGCAUUGUCACAUCAACACCAAAAAUAAUUGUUUUACAACUCAGGUGACUGUACUCUUUUGAUAAAUCUGAACCACAUUCUACAUAUUUUCAAUUUAAAGAAAAAAUACCUGAUCAGGUGAGCUAUUAAGGCCCAAAGACCUCUUCUUUGAAAUGAUGUUGAUUUGGUUUUGGUUGGUUUAGUUUCACACACAAAAAAAGCUGUCUACAUUAUGUUACAUGUACCAUGAUGCUAUUUAUAUGUUGAAUUGUGUCGGUCUGUUGACCUUAGUAGUAUAGUUUAAGACAAGCUCAUGUUGAUUGGUACGCUGACUACUGAACAAGAAACAAACAAAAAACAAUUAUUUUCCUAAAUUAUACACAAGUUUUUCAGCUUUUUGAUCGCUGCACCUUACCGUACACAUAAUUUUGUAGUUGAUAACUAGAUAUUGAAUUACAGGAAGAUUUCCGUGAGGAGCUGACAACUGAGGAUUCAUUAUGAUAACCAGCUUAGCAAAUCAGUUUUGAAAAAAAUAGGCUCUGUGAAAAAAAAAUCAAUGUAAGGGACCAUUUAAUAUAUUGGUGGUCUGUAAACUCCAUACAAUAUACACAUGCAGGAAGUGUUUAAGAAACAUAAGAAAAAGGAUCAGUGAUGUCUGUUUCAUUGGUUGAUUCUAUCAAAUAUUCAUCAAAUAGAUAAGUGCUUAAGUUUGUUACUAAGGGAAACAGAAUUCGAAAUGAUAAUGAAACGAAGUGAGCAGGCCUAGGGGCUCACAUAUAGAUAAACCCUACUUAGGUAUAAAACUGAAUGUUACCGUACUAUUUUGUAAAUAUGAACUGAAUCUGUUGAUUGGUUCAAAAUAUAUCUUUUAAUAUACAGUAAAACCCCACUUACUCAAAAUCGUGGGGCCUAGAUCAACAGUUUGAGGAAUACAUGGAAUUCAAGUAUUUAAAUCUGAGGUUGGUUCUAGAUUGUCAAGUAUAUAUCUGUCAAAUCUUGAGUGAUAAUAGUUCAACAUAUGUACGUAUUGUUAAACGGUACUUAUGCUGUUAUUAAGCAUGAUACUGGUAAAUUAGUCUUAGCUCAAGGUAUUUUCGCGGUGCCGGUGUGGUACACAGAUAAAAUAUCUGUCGGGCGUGACAUGUCACACCUGUUCGACAAAUAGAUAGAACUGAUUAAUGCUAUGACCAUGAAGAGUCGGGGACAAAUUUUUUGUUUGAGGAAUACGGGGUAUUAGAGGAAUAACGGUUUGACUAAUCCUGGGUUACGUUACAAAGAAUAUGUACGAACUUGGUCGGGACCAAACAAACUGUACGAUGAAUGAGGGGUACUCGAGUAAACCGAGUUCGAGGAAGUGGGGUUUUACUGUACAAGCGUUUUGCUUUUUAGUGGUCAGGUGUAGUAUUUUAUCUUGACCUUUGACCCUAUAUUCUUGCCCUGCACACACAUACAGACACACUGACAUGGUGAUAUGCUAUAUACUCCUGUCACUAAAUGGGGGGUAUCAUAAUGAAGAUUGAUAUUAUAUUUUGGAAGAGGAGAGGAUAUUUAAGAGUUAAUAAGCUUUCUAGGACCUUAAACUUGCAUGUAGUUUGGAUUUUAUAUUAUCGGCAAAUGAGAUUUUGUGCUAAAAUGACAACUACUCUGGGAUCCUGUAUCCAGGAAAACGUGCAAUAUUUCUAUUACUGUUUAUCAAAAAGAGUAGUGGUAAUAUCACAUGAAUACCUCUUUAAUUUUUUUUAAAAUUAUUUAUUAGAAAAUAAGAAUUGAAGAGAACAGAUAUCCCUUUCCUUAACUAAAUCUGAUUACCCCAAACCUGUGUUAGAGAUAUCUCUUCCAUGGCUGUAGAUUACUAUCUGUAGUAUACAGACAUUUCUCUACUGUAAUCAUAUAUAAUUAUAAGGAUAUCAAUUUGUUUUAGUUUAAACUUUAUUUAAUUGUCAGUAUAAUAUUCCAGUAAUACAAACAUGAUAUACAUAUAGUAUUCAAAAACAAGUACAAGGUAGUUAUGUUAAUCCUAUCCUCAAUUUUAUUUGCUUAAUGUACAUGUAUAUUACUUAGGUUAUUUAUUUAUAAAUAAGUAAGUGAUACUUGAAUUCACAAUAUACGCUUAACAAGAAUUUACUAUGGAAUUAAUUGUCACACUAUAAUAAAGUUAUAUACAGUAUCCUAAAUCUGUGUGAGUAAUAUCUGUCCGUGUUGUAUUAGUUAUAUCCGUAAUUGUGUGAUCAGUGAAGUUUUAGUUUCGUAUGACUUCUAUAAUGUUAGGCAGUAUGUUCAUACUGAAUUGGUUUUGCAAGAGACAUAAAAUUGUAUGUGAUUGUAUACACAUGUCUUUAAAACUGUAAAAUUACACAAGUAUUUUACAUAAAAACCCAUUUUGUAAAUUUUGUGUACAGGUAUGGUUUAUAUUCAGUAUGCUAAUUGUAACAACAGGUUAUCAUUAUUAAGAUGAAAAUCAUCUUCCGGCUGCCGUUUUUGUCAAUUUUGCCCUUCUAUGAACAUACAUUUACUAGGUGAAUUAUAAAGAAUGAGACACAUACCCCUAUGCCAUUUUACCAGCUUUGCCCUACUGUGGACAUACAUUAAGGUAAAGUACAGAAAAUGAGACACAAAUUUAUAUCAUUAAUAUGUCAGUGUUUAUUUUAUUUACUGGGAGGUAAAUUAGAAUGAAGAUAAAGAUCAAUUUAAGUGUUAAUAGUUUAGUACACGUUUAAUAUUUAUAUGUAUUUAUAUAAGGGAGACAAUGCAUCUGGCACUGUAGUAUGCAUGGCAAAACAUGUUUCAGAAUUUAAAAGAAUCAUUGAACACUUUAAUCUCAGUGUUUGGAGUAAUAACUAUAACAACAUUAGAAAUAGUCGUCUUGAUAAUGUAUCAUGUUUUGUGUGCAAUGUGUUGUUUUUGGAAAUCCCUUAAAAGUUACAUGUCUUUUAUGUAAGUCCCUCAGGUGUUUUGUGUCGUUUCUGAAGUCCCUUCUCAGAUGUUCUGACUUGUAUUGUAUUGUAAAUGUAGUCUAAUGUGUAUUUUAUAUUGUCAUUAUUGCUAUUAUCAAGUGGUGGGUGCUAUUUGUAUAAAAUCAACUUUUCCAUUUCUGACUCAUAAUUUACUGGUGUACAGAUUAACUUUAAAAAAUUUGGAAAGAAAACCUUCCAAUGUUAUUUUGGCCACAGAAAAAAAUUAAUGUGGGUAUAACUUAUAAUCCAAUCUGUAUUGAAGAGAGUAAGAAAUUUUCACCAUGCUUGCAACUUGAGAAGCAUUCCAGUAUCUUCUGCAUGUGAAUAACCAGAGACCAAAACUUAGUAUCUCCUGGUCAUUGGAGACAGUUGUUUGGUCUCUGGUUUCAAAUCUUAACAGAUUUAGAUCUUAACCGCCAGUUUUCAUAUAUUUGAGAUCAAGCAGCAUUCCAGUCUGUAGAUCAGUCAAAUUUUGGGAAACAGAUCUGAAAAGGUAUGUAUGCCAGGUCUGUUUGGAAUGUUAUGACCUUGUACUACUAUUAAUUUUAUAUCAAGGUAGAUAUAUUUUGUGUAGCAUUGUACUCUGUAUAGUAGUGGGGAAACUCAGUAUAUUUUGUUAAUGUUAACAAUAAAAUUGAUGGCAUUUAGUAUUGAUUUUGUUUGUUUUUACCAAUCAAAUUGCUAGCACCGUGUCUUCAAUUUUGUCAUGCAAUUGUCCAUGUGUUAAGCUCAGUUAUGUUCUCUGGUCCCCUUGGAUAAUUUCGUGGCAAAAUUGAAGGGAUGCUGCUAGUAACUUGAUUGGUUGCAGGUUAUAAAAAAAAGAAAAACUAACCGCUAAGCUGGUGUGGCACCGGACUUCAAAGCCGGUCA